GAGGGAGCGGAGCAGCGACAGCGGCGGCGGCGCCCGGGCCCCGCACGCGCCGCGACCGCUUCCCCCCUCCCCCCAACCUCCCCCACCCCUUUCCCCUUAUUACCCCCCCUUUCCCCUCCCCACCCCGCCGGGAGAACGCGAGCUUCCUCCACGCUUCCCCAACAGCCAACCGCCCCCCAACGGCCGCCCGCGCGAGCGCGCCGCCGCCGCCGCCGCCGCUCCCCUCUCUCACCGCCCCCCGCCGCCGUCGUGAGGGGGUGGCUCGCUCGCCGCCUUUCCGCCCACCUCCGAGACAGCUCGGCCGCCGCCGCCAUGCCCGAGCCGCAGGCUCUCCACCGGCCUAGCCGCGGCGGCCCGAGAUAGGGUCCCCGCCGCCGCCGCCCGGGGGAGGAGAGAGGGAGAGCGAGCCAACCGUGCGCUCCGCCCCCUCCCCCUGGGGCUGUCGCCGCCGCCGCCGCCGCCUCCUCCGUCGGGCGGGGAAGAGGAGGAGGAAGAGGAGGAGGAGGAGGACCAGGCCGCCGGGCCCCAGCACCGCCGUCGUCACGGUUCUCCACAGGACAUUUCUGAUCCAUUUGCAUCACUGAAGAGCAUCUGUAGAAGAGGAAGGAAAAGAUGGGUGUGAAAACAUUUACUCAUAGUUCCCCUUCCCACAGCCAGGAGAUGCUUGGAAAACUAAAUAUGCUUCGAAAUGAUGGACAUUUCUGUGAUAUCACUAUUCGUGUCCAGGACAAAAUCUUUCGGGCACACAAAGUGGUAUUGGCAGCUUGCAGUGAUUUCUUUCGCACCAAACUUGUUGGCCAAGCAGAGGAUGACAGCAAGAAUGUAUUGGAUUUGCAUCAUGUUACAGUCACUGGAUUUAUACCCCUUUUGGAGUAUGCUUAUACAGCAACUCUGUCAAUUAACACAGAAAAUAUUAUUGAUGUCCUGGCUGCAGCCAGCUAUAUGCAAAUGUUUAGUGUUGCCAGCACCUGCUCAGAGUUCAUGAAAUCAAGCAUUUUAUGGAAUACACCCAACAACCAACAAGAAAAGGGACUAGACGCUGGGCAAGAAAACAAUACUAACUGCAGUUUUACCUCUCGAGAUGGUAGUCUUUCUCCAGUGUCUUCAGAAUGCAGUGUGGUAGAAAGGACCAUUCCUGUUUGCCGAGAGUCCCGGAGAAAGCGCAAAAGCUACAUAGUUAUGUCUCCUGAAAGUCCACUUAAGUGUAGCACACAGACAAGUUCUCCCCAAGUGCUAAAUUCUUCAACUUCCUAUUCAGAGCCUAGAAAUCAACCAGUUGACUCUUCUUUAGCUUUUCCCUGGACUUUUCCAUUUGGAAUUGAUCGAAGGCUUCAGUCAGAGAAAGUUAAGCAGGUAGAAAAUCCCAGGACUUUAGAACUACCAGGCCCGUCUGAGGCAGGUAGAAGAAUGACUAGUUAUGUGACAUGUGAGAGUACAAAGGCUAAUUUGCCUUUGACUACUGAAGAAGAUGUACAGGUCAAAGUGGAAAGGUUAAGUGAUGAGGAAGUUCAUGAGGAAGUAUCCCAGCCUGUCAGUGCAUCUCAGAGUUCGCUGAGUGAUCAGCAGACAGUGCCAGGAAGUGAACAAGUUCAGGAGGAUCUUCUAAUUAGUCCCCAGUCGUCUUCUAUAGGCUCAAUAGAUGAAGGAGUUGCUGAAGUUACAACACUCCAAAACUCCUCUGGCACCAAUACUCAUGCAGAUGAUGAAGAUCGCACAGAACGACCAAGUCCAAAUGGUCCAGAUAGGCCUUUUCAGUGUCCAACUUGUGGAGUCCGAUUCACUCGCAUUCAGAACCUUAAGCAGCACAUGCUUAUCCACUCAGGCAUUAAACCAUUUCAGUGUGAUCGCUGUGGGAAAAAGUUCACCCGGGCUUACUCGCUAAAGAUGCAUCGCCUAAAGCAUGAAGGUAAACGCUGUUUCCGGUGCCAGAUAUGUAGUGCCACUUUCACUUCCUUCGGGGAAUAUAAACACCACAUGCGGGUUUCCCGGCACAUUAUCCGCAAGCCUCGGAUUUACGAGUGCAAAACUUGUGGCGCCAUGUUCACCAACUCUGGAAAUUUAAUCGUUCACCUGAGGAGUCUGAACCAUGAAGCGUCAGAGCUAGCAAACUACUUCCAGAGCAGUGAUUUCCUAGUACCGGACUACUUAAACCAGGAGCAGGAAGAGACCCUUGUUCAGUACGAGCUUGAAGAACACAAUUUUGAAAGCAGUUCAUCUGUCCAAAUGCCUGUCAUUUCACAGGUCUCAUCAACUCAGAAUUGUGAAAGCACUUUUCCCUUGGGGUCUCUUGGUCUGACAGAAAAGGAGGAAGAAAUGCCAGAGCAGCCAAAGACCAGUGCCAGUACUGAGACAAUUAGAGAUGACCCCCCAAAAUUGGAGCUGUCUUCUAUUACUAUUGAAUAAUUUCAUGGCUUGGCAUCAUUUUUUUGUUUUUGUUUUUUGUUUUAGAAAGUGCCUGUGCUUGGUCCUGUACAUUUUUAAUUUAAUUUUUUAAAGCAGAGGGUAUAAGUAUGUAUGUGUGCGUGUGUGGCGGGGGGAGGGAAUCCUUUUUACUUUUGUUAGCUAUGCUUUAAACAGAAAACUGCAACAAGUGUCACAUUUUUCAUAACAGAUCACUCUUAAUAUUGAGUGUACAAUAAGAUCAUGUGAAAUCAUAAUAGAAGCUGUGAUACACUUAAGGAAAACUGAAACAUUUAACUAAUUUCUUCUUCCACCAUUAGCAUAAUGGUGGUUGUCUCUUACCUGCAAGCCAUUGAGUAAAGAAGAAAUCAGAAGAUUUUUAAUCUGACUGAAAUGCAAAAAAAAAGAUGCCAGAAAUAAAUUACCAUACAUACCAAUGUCCUAAGUAGAUAUUUAUCCCUCUACUCAGGACUUUGAAGAAUAUUUUGUAAAGCCUACUGUUUUCUUGAAGUGUUUACAGUAAAGUUUUUGUUGUCAAAUUAUUAUGGUAAAUAUUUCUGAUAAUUAACAAAAUUGCCUUUUUUGAAGCUGUGUCCUUUUUUAUGGUACUUCAUCCAAUGUUUCAACAUUAUAGAAACACUCCUCCAAAUAUAUAUUUCUUGCAUAUGUGGAGGUAUACAAGAAACAAUGUUGUGUUGUGUUUUUUUGUUUUGUUUUUUUUAGUCCAUCUGUGCAUUUAGAAAUUGAGAAUAUAAGGAAGAAAAAUACUAUACAUUCUGUCCUUACAGAAACUAGUCUAUACAUCUUCAUGCCAUAAUUUUUUUGGAUGAAAAUGUUUACCUUGAGCAAUGACUGUUGAUGUUCAGAUAGGUGGUUUAUUGUCCAAAUCUGUUUUCUUCUUGCCCCCAUCUUCAUUGUAUUUUACUUUUCAAAUAUUCGUCUAGUAACAAAUUUACUGAAGAAAAACUAUUGGAGUCUUUUAUGUUUAUAUAUAUGUAUGUGUACUGUUGGGGUAUUUUCAUUAUUCUUGUUUGGGAUAAAAUAAGGAAUUCUCUGUAGAGGCAAGUUCUUAACCCAACAGGAGAUUGUUUACAAAAUGCCUAUGUGACAGUGAUAAAUUGUCUUUUUCCAAAAUAAUUUAAACUAUUGCCAAGUUUAUUUAAGACAGCAGUUACUAGAACUUAUACAAAUAGUUAAAGCAAUAAAGUUAGAAGUUCAUGGUUCCAUCUUUCCAGCUUUAAAAAAGAUUCAGUUGGAACUAUGGUGGUCUUUAUAUUUAUGAAGUCAUCUGCAACAGAUCUGACAAGUACCAUUAGGGAUAAACGGUAACAUUAGAGCCUUAGAUUAGUGGGUAUUUCUCAUGCUGCUAUGGUGUUCGACUCCCUGAGUCAGAGUUUGAAGCGUCUGUGAUGCUAGUGAUUAUGUUCUUCUGUAGUGAUCUAGUGCCAUUAAAGCAUCAUUGAUCUUGAGCCUCCAAAGAAAAUAUAUAUUGAUUCCAUGGGUUAUGAAUUUGAAGUAAUCCUUUAGUUCUCUAUAUGGUUACCCAAAGUAAAUUAUAAAAGCACUUGGGUGGAAUAUGAAAAGGAAAUGCAAAAACAAUACCUGAUUAAAGCCCAAAAUAUUUGCAUUGUUGUCAAGUGCUGGGCAGUAAUUGUAGAAUUAUUUUUUUAACAAAUAUGCUAAUUUCAAUGGACUAUUUUCCAUUUCAAAAAUUGACUAAUUUAAUUAUCUAAAUUUAAUCAAAUUUUGGGUUGUUUUUCUUUCAUAGCUUUCUUUAUGAAGGUAAGAAUGCUAUAGGUUAGAUUAUAAAUUAUAUUCCUUUAUAACAGUCAGAACUUAGUUUAUUCUGAAGGAUUUUAACAUCACAUAUUUUCUAAUUUUUGCAAACACAAAGAUAGGUAAAGUUAACUCAUGCAGAUUCUUCUUAGAAUAAAGGUACUUACUCAACCUUCUUCAAAGUGUUCUUACCUCCUCUUUCCAAUCUUGCUCCCAUCACUAUACCUUGCUUCCAUGAAACUGUUUCCAAUUUUCUUUGCAAAUAUAGGGCUUACCUGUGAACUUUUUAGGAAGAUAAGUAAAUAGUAUAUAUCACCAGUCACAUUUAUUUACUGACUGGGUUAUUUUUUGCAACAGUUUGUGAUCUUUUUGAAAUAGUGCUUGCACCCAUAGUAAAGAAAAUAAACUUUUUAAUAAGCUGUCCUAGUUUUUUCUGUUUCAUAACAAAUGAAACAGAAUUUUUAAAUCAAGGAGUUAGUAGAGUUCUUAUUUCUUUGGAUGGGAAAAAGCAAGAUAAAAGUAUCUGUAGAGAAUAUGAAACAUUCUUUUCUACAUUUCUUUUUGACAUUUUAGUAUCUCUUCCCUUUUAUUUAAUGUCUAACCACAGCUACAGAGGGAAAAAAGCAGUAUUGAGGGUAGAAAGAAGAAGUAGAAUUAAGUAAUUCCAUCCAAGUUUCUCCUAUCUUCCUGUCCUGAGAACUGAAGAAUAAAGAGCUCUACACAGUAGUUGCUCUCAAGGCAGGCUAGCUAUAUUCUAAAUGUGAGAUAAGCAACAUUGAGUACUUUCUACAAAUGGAAAUUUCAGAUGUCCAGGUUUCCAAAUUGUGUAAAUUUUUAAGAACCAUUUCUUAAAAUUUUUCUAAUUCCUUAGUACUUCAUUGCUUCCCUAUCCCCCCCACAAAAAACCCUAACUUCUUCUAAGUAUUUAGCAUAUAUUUUAUAUGACAACAAUUAAAUGAAAUGCUUUGUUUUUGAGGAAAGAAGUAGUUUAUUUCACUGAAGUACAUUUAGUACAAGGAUAUUUGGCUUACAGAUUUGUUUUUAGGAAAUUAAACUAUAGAAUUAUUGCAGGUAAUAUUUGAUUAUGUUUAUUUGUAAUUUUUUUUAAAGGCCUGAAAAUAAUCUUUAUCACUAAUUUCUAAAAAAGAAUACAAAUGGAUGAAAAUACCUAUACUUAUUUUGUUUUCCCCCAGAAAUUACCAUCACAGUAUUUAAGUAUCAGAUGUUUUCAUGUAGGUCAUCUAAUAUAGUAAUCUUUUUAUGUCCCCAAGAACUUAGUGUUAAGUUUUAAAGGGCUUAAAGUUUUAGGGAUGUAUCAAAAACUGCCUUUUUUUAAACUAAGCAUUUUAUAUAAGAAAAGCCUUUAUUUUCAAUCUUUCAGCUACUAAAUAAGUCUAAUAUAGUUUAGAAAUGAGCAGAAGUGCUCAUAACUAACCCUGUGGUGCCAGCUAUCACAGCUACAUUGUCUCUUAAUUCCAUUAGCAAUGGUAAAAGUUUACUAUGCCAUUAUGCAUAACAUUAUGUAUUAGUCAUCCUUUUAAUCCUUAUCCAUAGCCAUUUAACAUCACCAAUGUUCUUGUAUUUUAGUUGUAAAUCAUACAGGAAAGAGUGACAUCUAAAUAUUGGGAGGGUAGAAUUGGUACCUUUGUUACUGUGUUUUAUGUUUUAAUUUUUUAAUAAUAGGUCAUAGGUGGAGAGUCUUAAUGUUAUUAAAUAUUAUGAUGACCCAUAAUUUAAAAAAAAAUUGAGUUGGAUUGCCCUUAAUUUGAAUUUUAUAUAAGAUAUAUGGUUAAUCCAGUAUUUUUUUCCCUAAAGUGCAAGUUGACUUGAGAUUAAAUGUUUGAGUGGUUAACCAAAGUUUAUUCAGUCUUACACUUGUAUUAUACAAAAAUAUUUCAAAUUCAAUUCUGGUUUACAGUAAAUAUAGUUAUACGUGUGUCCUUUAAUUCUUUAAAACAAACAAACAUCUGCUGUCUUGCUACAUUAUUUUUUCAAUAGAUUAAAUUUAAUAGAAUGCUUAGCUAAACAUCCUGAGCUGAAUUCUUCUAGUAUAUGCAUUCUUGACUAGAGGAGCUCCUUAGAAACUCUUUUAGCUUUUUUCAGUCUGCUAUGGUUAAAUUAUUUCUUUGCCUAUAUUAAGAUCUGAUUGGCCUAAGAGUUAGUGCAGUAACCAAGAAGGAUCUUGUUUAUUGGUUUUCAUUUUGAAGAUUGUUUUAUAAUACUUUGGUCUUUAUAAUACAGCCCCUUCCCCAAAGUAUUUACAUUUACAAUUUAAUCACAGUAAUAAUUCAGCACAUAAAGGUUAUCUUUUAACUGAAAAUUUUUGUGUUUUAACUGAGAGGAAUUUAGGGGGUUGUUAAUGUUAUUGAUAUCUCUGGCUUAUUUUCAGAGACUACCUCGUGGGUGUAGUUAAAUACUUUUUCAAAUAAUUAUAAUGAAUUUGAGAGAAUAUUAGCAAUAUAAAGUAGAUAUGUAAAAAGAACAAAGUACCAAAAUGACUAUGACUAUUAUUGACUUAAGCACUCAAAUAUAAACUUUAGAUUUUGAUAGCUAUUUGAAUAAGAAGAGAACUAGUUUUCUUUCCUUAAACUAUAAAAUAAAAUUGGGAAUCACUUGCAAAAAUGGUACUGUUGAAUAUAUAAUUUGAGGAGUUUAUAGAGCAAUGAAUAGUCCUGUAGGUUUCUUAAGUUAUCAAAUUUAAAAACAUUAAAUUGAGCCAUUAUUAGCCCAUACCUGCCCCUCUCUUGGUUUCAGAAUUGUUGGACAGUAUGACUGUUACUUCUAUUUUCUUAGGGAGUCCCCUAGUCAGCCUUUAAUAUUUAGUAGACAGUAAAGAUUCAAGAUAAAACAAAUUAUUCUGAAUUAACUUUUUAUUGGACCAAUGUCAGAACCAUUGAAGAACCAUUUCUGACAGUUGAGAGUAUCAUUUUACAUUCAAUACAACUAAAUUUUACUUGAGCCUUCAGCUGUUUGUGGGAGUAUUUUAAUAGUUCUUAUUUUCUUUUUCAAAAGAAAACUGUACCUUCAGCCUAUCAGUUCCUUUUUACACUUGAACUAAGCACUGCAUUUUUCUAUUUUGUAAUAAACUGAUAACUCUUAGACAAAUUUAUUACAUCAUAAUGAAUGCAGUUUUUGUGAUAGGGAAAAAACUAAAAGAAUUGUUUAUGAAAGUGAGAGUCUUAAAAGAGAAAAACUUUUACUACCUUACACACUAAAUUCUCCCGAGAUAAGAUUUUCAUGUUUGUAAAAGUAGUAAUAGACACUUAGCAUUUAUCCUUAUAAUGUUGCUGAGGUACACAAUUCUAAAUUGUCAUUAUAAAGUUCAUUUCAUGUCUCUAAAUAGCUAAGCGCUCCUCUCUAUAGGUUGCAAAUAGAUCUACUUUAUACCAAAUUUUAUUCUGUAGCAAAUAUUGUUCUAUGAAGUUCUAGGUGUACAUAAUAGUUUACAGAGAGCUAAAGAUUUGAGCUUAGAAUUUCAGAUAACUGAUUACAAAUGUAAUUUUUUAUUCAAACUUUAGGAAAAUACUAUUUUAGUUAUUUAAUUUUGAAGUGCCUGAUUUAAAACAAAUUCUUCAGUUGCUCACUCUCUUUUAAAUUUAUUGCAUUUAUUGAUUAAGCCUUUAGUCUUGAUUUGAACUGAUCUUUGGAUAUACCAUCACUUUGUUCAUUUAAAUUUUAGUUUUGUGGUUGUUAAAAUUUCUGGGUUCUACAAACACACACUUUCUCUCUCUCACAUACACACACACAUACUCCAAUUUCUAACCAUAGCUGAAUUUGAUGGUACAAUUUAAGGAAACUCUUUCCUUUCAUGCUUCGGUAUCCAAAUAAAUUGAAAAUCAGUUUCUGGACAAAUUAAAUAUGUCAUGGAUGAAUGCUCACAUACCAAAGUACAUCUGCUGAGGGAGAGAAAGAUGGUUCUUCCCUGCUUUGAGGGAGCAUUAAUCAUUUCCCUCUUGAUGUACGUUAAGUUCCUGUGUUAGCAUUAGUAAAAACUUUGUUCAUUUUAGGAGAAGUCUGUCUCUAGGCUCCCUAGGAGCAGAUACUACUUAUCGCAAAAAAAUCUCUUGUUAAAUUAUAAAUGCUAUUUUUCCUUAAGCGGCUUGUUCUGAUUGUCAAUUUAAUUCUCGUGUUGAUAAAUGCUAUCUUAAAGUCUCUCACACUGAGAGAAUAGCAAGAUUUUGAAAAUUGCACUGCUUUUCAACUUUCAGGUGUCUGAUAUGAAUGGUUCACAUCAGGUAUUUGGAAGGAUUAAAACCACGAACUUUGUUCUUUUUUUUUCCUAACAAGUAAUGGCUUCCAAUGCUUACAUUACAAGAUAUUUUAAAACAUUGUUUUAAACUUAAAACAAAACAAAACCCUAAGGACCCCCAAAACUUGGUUUUGAUCUAAGUUUCCAAGACUUUUAAUUUCUCUUGUUUCUGGUGCCUCGUGGUGCAUCAGAUAUUGCCUGCCUCUUUUUAGGGCAUCUUUGUGGCACCUUAUAUCCAACUUGGAGGAUAGUAUAUGUCUCAGUUGCACAUAUACCAUCUUUUCAAAAGCCAUUUUAUAAAAGUCCUAGUAUUUUAAUAUUUAAAUAUAUAUAUUUGUGAAAGAUACUUUUAGAAUGGACCCCUUUUUUUUAAAAUUCUUUUUUUAGAAUAAAAUGAACUUUCCAAGACUUCCUAAUUGUCUUUCUCUAUAGCAACAUAAAAAGAUAGUCAAAUUGAGGUCAAAGGCCAUAACCCGACUAUCAUAUAAGAAAAUGGUGGUGGUUAAUACAAAACAUUAUGAAAAGCAAUUACCCUUAAAGAGACACAUGAAGGAAAUGAUACAUCAUUUUAAUGCAAGAACUAGAUUUUUUUAUAAAACUACUUUUUUUUUUUUAAAUAAUUUCAUAUUUGCUGCCAUAGUAAAUAGCUCAGUGUUUUACACUGAGUAAACAACUUUACUUGUUAGCUCUAAGUCUGGCCCCACCAAAACAAACAACUAAAAAAAAAACAACAAAAAACAAAUACUAGAUGAAAACUAUACUCCACUGUCUUCCAGUAUACUAACUGUUUUGUUUAACUGAUGCAUGCUUUAAUAUUUUGCCUAUAUCUCUGGAAACAAGGAAAUUUAGGGGUGAUUUUCUUAACCCCAACAUUUUGUGACUUUCUGGGCACUGACAGUUUGUAAAACUCUUAAGAUAGGAUAUUGCUGGAGGGAAAAUGUGAAUUAAAUUAUGUGGGUGGCGGCUGUUGUUUUUUCUCCCACUUUUUUACCCCCUUCUCCUGCUCAUAACAACAGUAAAACUUUUAACUGUGCCAGUCCCCAAUCACCAGCUUUAUAUCUGAUUGUCAUCUCAUUCAAAUAUAGCUUCUUUUGGUGACAGUGGCCACAGUUAAAUUACUUGGCAUGUUUAACUUUUAACAACAGAAAUGGCUUUUGUUUUGCUUUUGUUUCUUUAAUGUGUACAAUGUUUAAAAAUUCACAUUUUAUAUACUAGUAUCUGGCUAUUAGUAUUUUUCAGGAACCAUAGUUCUUGGUGGCUAUAUAUGUGUAUAUAUACAUAUAUAUAUAUUUUUGUGACUUUUUGUAAACUAAGUGCCGUUUAAACGUUACAAUCAUUUUUAGAGUUAUUGUAAUCAAUGUGAAUAUCAUGUUUUUUCAAAUCUGUUCUGAGCCUGUAGUGUUUGCUUUGUGAUCCUACAUGUACUGUAUAUAUUCUGUAUAGUAACAUUGUACCGAAAUACUAGCUUGUUUGAUAUAAGAAGAGUUAUGUAUUGAGUACUUUUUUGCUAGCCUGAUUGUUUAAUCUUUAAAAAAAAGUUUUAAAAUGCAAAAAGAAAAAAAUUUCUCCAAACUGGUCCUUAUUGAGGUCCAAAAUUGAGGUGCAGUUGGGCAAAAAAAGGCAGGGAAACACUGGUUUUGAGUGUCUUUGGAUAGAAACAUGAGGUUAAAAUUUUUUCAUUAAAAUAUAUUAUUAAUGUUU